AAGAAAAUUGGUGGCUGGUCUUCCCUCCCUCAGAUCUCUCCCGCCUGGCACUUUCACACGGAUCUUGGUUCGUUUAAGGAACGGUUUUUGAGCCACAUUCCUGAGAUUUGAAAUCCAACAUGGCUGGCAUUUCAUGCUCAAAGGGAGUGAAGAGAAAGUUGUCUGCAAGUGUUAAAGCUGCAGAGCCUGAGGCCAGGUCCUCCAGAGACAUCUUCAUGAGCCCCUCUCACCUCCUCUUUCAAAUCCCCGCAAACAUCAAUACCAGCCUCCCUGUGUGGGAGGCCAUGAGAGCCGAGCAAGCUGAAAUCACCUGGACCAUGAACCCCUACAGCCUGAGCCUCAAUAUUACACCUCUCACCUCUAGGCAAGGAAAGUGUACUACUCCCAGCAAGAGCGAGAGCUCUUCCAGCAUGGUGCAGACUACACUGGCUUCCAGCAUCCUGCAACUUCAGCUGGUCAUUCAGCCGAUCAAUCAGCAGCCCAGCACGUCACAGAACUACUCCUCUACGAUGCUUAAAUCCCCCCAAAACACACAGUCUGCGUCCUGCCCUCCAAAUCUAAGUCCGAAUCCAGCCACUUCACUUUUUGUCUCCUUGCCCAUCGUUAUCACCCAGGGUCAGCCUGCCCAUCAGCUUAGCACUCCAAUCCAGGAAGAGCCCAUAGACCCCACCCAAUCACCAACACAAAUCUGCACCAAGCAGGCCACCCAGAUCCCAUCCAAAGUGCCUCUCGCCUUUCACACAAAAAGCUGCUCUACCAUCAGAAUCUGUGAAGACUUUCUCCUCGGCUUGUGUGCUGCAGGGCAGAAAUGUAAGAUGCAUCACACCCCCUACCCAUUUCACUGGCAGCUGUGGUGUGUUGCCACCCACCAGUGGGUGGACCUUUCUCCUUCCUCUCAGGUCUUACUCGAAAGGCUCUACUGUGACGUCAAUCAGGAUACCGUUUGCCUCAAAAACGGGAAUGCACGCUACACUUUGAACUUUGACUUAAUGGAGCUGGAUGAUUCGUCCGUGUAUGAUGGAGUCAGACGACUGUCUAACACUUACAGUCAGGUCAGGAACCCUUACUUUGCCAGCAUACUGAAAAUCUACUGGAGGGACAUCAGCUGGGAAGAGUAUAACCCGAGCACGUCCGCUGCAUUGCUACAAAAGAUAACCGAGAAGGAGUCAGAGUGUUUCUUCAGUAUUGGCUCACAGAUGUACAAGGUGGACUUCAUCGCCAUGAUCCAAAUGAACAUGACCACAGGCUUCCGCAGACGCAUUCGCUGCAGACCCGUCUACCGCUCCCUGGAUUCUAUGAAGCCUUACUUGCAGACACAAAUCCUGCCGGUCUCAAUGGAACCCAACUGUUAUCCUCCAGGGGCCAACUUUAGUGUAGAUCCUCUAGCGGAGUUCAGUUCCUGGUACCCUCCGGUGUGGUGUCAGGCUUCAGGGCAGGAUUACGGUCUGGUGGAUGUUCCUGCGGGCACCCUUGCCUAUCAGAGGAUUCAAGAACUCUUCUAUGGAACCCUGCCCGAGACAAAGGUGGACAUCAUCGGAAUCCAGCAGAUCCAGAACCUGUUCCACUGGGACAAGUACCAAAGGCACAAGGUAUACAUGCAGAAGCAGCAUGGCAAGUCUUUGGAGGGUUUAGAGAGACAUCUCUUCCAUGGGACAACCAAAGAGGCCUCGGAGGACAUCUGCGCCAACAACUUUGACCCUCGCGUGGCCGGGGUAAAUGGAGUGUCCCUCGGUUUUGGCACAUACUUUGCCACCUCUGCCUCAGUCUCCAACAUGUUCUCACCCAAAUUUGGGCAGCAUGAAGUUCGCCACAUGUUCCUGGCCAAAGUCCUGGUGGGGAAGUUCACUGUGGGGAGGAGCAACUACCACCGCCCUCCGCAGCUCAUCCCCAAGACGAAGCAGCGCCAGCUGUAUGACACCUGCGUCGACAACGUGAAUGCUCCCAGCAUCUUUGCUGUAUAUGAUGCCUGUCAGUGCUACCCGUACUACCUCAUCAAGUACAAAGACCUGCCCAAAGAGAUAGAUAUUUAAUGAGAAAGCGGUUUCAUGUUCAACAGCAGCAGUGUUCCAGUUGUAAGAAAACUUAGCAUUAUCACAUCCAUAUUGUUAUCAAAUACUUGCAGCGAAUGCUCAGUUUGGUUUGAUAAAAUCUACGAUAUAGAAUGUUUGCAGGGAAGUUCUUGACAGCAGUGAGGACAUAAUGUUAAAAUGAUUGAAGAUAGUCCAAAUGUAUAAUGCACGUAA